CCGUGCCGUGCCGUGCCGUGCCGUGCCGCGCGGCGGGCGGCCGCCGCCAUGAGCGACAUCCGGCACUCGCUGCUGCGGCGCGACGCGCUGAGCGCCGCCAAGGAGGUGCUCUACCACCUCGACAUCUACUUCAGCAGCCAGCUGCAGAGCGCCCCGCUGCCGCUCGUCGACAAGGGCCCCGCCGAGCUCCUCGAGGAGUUCCUCUUCCAGGUCCCCAAGGAGCGCGGCGCCCCGGCCAAGAGAUUAAAUUCACUUCAGGAACUUCAGCUCCUUGAGAUCAUGUGCAAUUAUUUCCAAGAACAAACCAAGGAUUCAGUCCGGCAGAUCAUUUUCUCAUCUCUCUUCAGCCCUCAAGGAAACAAAGCAGAUGACAGCAGGAUGGCUUUGUUGGGAAAACUGGUUUCCAUGGCAGUCGCUGUGUGCAGAGUUCCCGUUCUGGAAUGUGCUGCCUUCUGGCUGCAGCGUACCCCUGCUGUGUACUGUGUGAGGCUUGCUCGGGCUUUGGUUGAUGACUACUGCAACUUGGUGCCAGGGUCCAUCCAGACAUUGAAACAGAUAUUCAGUGCCAGUCCUCGCUUCUGCUGCCAGUUUAUUACAUCAGUCACAGCUCUGUACGACCUCUCUUCAGAUGACCUCAUCCCUCCUUCGGAUCUGCUCGAAUUGAUUGUUUCCUGGAUCUUUGAAGACCCCCGCUUGAUCCUCAUUACCUUUCUAAACACUCCUAUUGCAGCCAACCUGCCCAUAGGGUUUUUAGAGCUUACCCCACUCACUGGACUGAUCCGUUGGUGUGUGAAAGCCCCCUUGGCUUAUAAAAGGAAGAAGAAAGCCUCUCUCUCAAAUGGACACCCUCCCAGCAAAAUUGCCAAGGACUCAGCUGCAGGAGAUGACAGAGACUGCCAUCAACUGUAUUCAAAACUGCAUUUAAGUGUUCUGCAGGUUCUUAUGAUGCUUCAGGGGCACUUAACAGAGAAGAACCUUUACGGGCGCCUGGGGUUAGUACCCUUUGACCAUGUGGUUCCACUUGUUGAGGAAAUUAACAGACUAUCUGAUGAACUCAAUCCUCUCAAUGCGUCCAAAGAGAUCGAACUGGCUCUAGACAGACUGGCUCAGGCUUUGCAAGUGGCCAUGGCAUCAGGAGCACUGCUGUGCACUAGAGAUGACUUGAGGACUGUAUGCUCCAGGCUACCACAUAACAACCUGCUCCAGCUGGUGAUUUCAGGUCCAGUACAACAGCCAACUCAUGGUGCUCUGCCACCAGGAUUUUAUCCUCACAUCCAUACUCCUCCUCUGGGCUAUCCUGCACAUGCAGCGCACCCUGCAUUACCUGCACAUCCAGCUCACCCGGCUCACCCAGCCCUCCCGGCUCACCCCGUACAAACGUUUAUACCAGGAAUGACAUUCCCAUACAGACCUAUUCGCUAAAAAAAUAGACUGUAAGAUGUAACCAGUUUCCCUUAGCUUGAGGAAGCCUUGCAGAGGAAACCGAAUGUUUUGGGAACCACAUUUUUCCUCUUCGGUCUAAAGCUGAGCAAUGCCUGCAUUGAGGGAUGAGCCCUUCACAAGUAGCGAAGAUGCAGAUGGGUAGGCUGCACUUGCUUUGAAUCCGUGAUGCAAAUACGAGGGUAGAUCGUAUGGAUGAAAGGAGGAGCGUGGACAUAGGCAACAAAAAACUCAAAACCUCUGGAAUGUGUGGAAUUUCUUAACCCACUUAGUUUCAUUUAGUCAACCAAGAUUGUUAUAUUUCUUGAAUAUGUGUUUUUUUUUCAGUAACCCAUGUCUGUUUACUGCAUGGUGAGACCAGAUAACCUGGUUCUACAUGUAAGAGGGCCAGAAGGAAAGCCAUAAGAUUUUCAAGCCAGUCCACUCCAGCCUAUUCAUUUUUUGUAAAUGUUUGUGUCUAUAGCUACAGAGUAUGUGUACACUGUAUAUUUUUGGAACACAACUGUUUGUUUCAGAAGCACAAACUAGAGUAGAACAGCACUUCCUAUUAAAGGAAAUGAUUUCAGAAGUGUAAAACAAUGUUGCCCCUUUAUCCUUCAAAUAGCCAUUAUAAGGUUUGGCUUGUUAGGCCCUUGCUAGGAAGGGAAAAUAAUUCCUUUACAGCUGAAACAUCCUUUGAUUCUACAGAUUUUUGAAAUGUCCUCUCAAUGCCCUCAAAUCAGUAAGUCUGUCAAACUUAGGGGUGAAAUCUGGCAGGUUUGUCUAACGCUAGCUGGCAAAAAUGGUCGCAGGCUUACUGCAGCGUACUGGCCGCUGCGAGGCAGGGUGCAGCCACGUACCGAAGCAUCGUAGGAAACGCAGCAGAACUUGCUGCUUGUGUCACUGCAGGAAAAUAUGCAAUCCAGCCCAUUUAGUUGAGCUCUUUUCUAUCUUUUUAGCUAUGCUGUGAUUCUCUGAGCCCCUUCUGCAGGGUAUAAAAGCAAGAAAGGUCCUUUCUACGUGUCAGUCGCUUUAUUGCAAAGACUUCAGAUGCUCUUGUCCCGAUGAGAGCAGCAUGUAGUAUUUCUGGUCCUUCCGUCGCGUGUUUGCUGCAGUCCCAGGACACAUUAGUUGGCGGCUGUGACUUGGAGCGUGUCAUUUGCAUGAAACAGCUGAGAAGGCACCUGUGUUUGCCUUUCCCUGGAAAGGGCAGGGGAAUCACUUUGUGGAGCUUGACAACAAGGAAAACCUUUAAAAAAAUUGUAGUUUGGGGAUUAGAGUAAUUACCAGGGAGAAUCCAGGAGUAUGAAAAGCUAUCUCCGUACCUCUUCCAACGUGUUAUUCUGGGAAACUGCAUGAGAUGGGAAAGAACAAGUUGUAACACUGAUACGUAACAGAAUUCCAUGUUGUUUUCCCAGCUUUUGUGCUCAAGGAUGGAUCUCUAAUUUUAAAC